AUGUACGAAGGGAUUGACAACCUGAAAUCCUUUUACGACCGUGCCGGGAAGACUUUCUCCGGCGGUCCUUCUGCGGCACAGGAUGUGCCGCGUCGUACUGCUCAACCAGACCCAGUACGUCGAUCAUCAGUUGGGAGCGGGGCUCCCAAGAAUCCCAGGACGGGGGAUAGCCGCGCCACCGUACGAGAUAACUCGUCCGACGUCCGUUCACGUCGCAGUGGUUCAACAGCUGCUCAACUAGAUAGCGCUGGCCACCGCGAGAGUCCUCUAAUGGAGGUGGAGGAGGAGGAAAGACGCUCUCCAAGCGAUCGUGGGGAUCCGUGUGUUCCCGAGAGCUUCUUUGAUCGCGUAACUCAAGGGUUACGCGGUGAUCUCGAACCUGAGCGGAAUAGGCGUCUCCAAAUGGCGGACACUGUCUUGAAGCAUCGAGCUGAGUUUGCCUUUGCUCAGCUUGAGAACGAGAGAGCUCUGACAUCUCUGCGUGACGAGCUAAGGGUAGCUCGUGGGAUUGUUGAUCGGUCUCGGGCUGAGAUAACUGCUCUUCAGACCCUUGUCGAUGCCUACCAUCUGGAGCACAAGGCUCUCUGCGAGAUGCUUGAGCGCAAGGGCGUUCUUCAUCGGAAGAAGCAGCGUACUGAUGGUACGGCUUAA